CGAAAUCAGUGAAGUGAAUGUGAUGGAGCAGAACUCCUUGAUUCUUUUUCUUCAGGUGGAAGUAGAACCGGUGACUCCAUUUCUAACAGAGUCUGGUCUGUGGCCCUCUGUUGAAUCUCACGGUUUUCAAUCUCUUAAACCCCCUCUUGUCUUUCUGGUUGUUGCAUCGUUUUUCAGGUCAGUGGUCAUUCAUUAUUGCAUCUUUGUAUACAUUUGACGGAAUUUACUUUUUCUCUUUUUCCCUGAAAAAUAUUCCAAAUUGUUUCAUGAAAACCAAUCGAUGGCUGUAAAGCUCUCAUCUUUAACGUUGUCCAAGAGAAAUCCAAUCUGGGUCUCUCCAAGUGCAUGGAUUUCAUCAAUUUCGUGCGCCCGUACUGUAGAAAAUUUCCCAGAAAGCAAUCAGGACCACCCGCCAAACUCAUCCCAGUUUGAACAAAACGUUAACAUCUUGAGAAAUAACCUUGCUCCGGAUAAUUUAAUCAGGGUAUUGGAUAGCACUAACGAUUUGAGCGCCGCUGUGAAGGUAUUCAAAUGGGCUUCCCUCCAAAAACGAUUUAGCCACACUGCCGAUACUUAUUAUAGGGUUAUUUUAAAGCUGGGUUUGGCUGGACAUGUUCAGGAAAUGGAAGGAUUCUGUCAGAAUAUGGUGAAAGAUAAAUGCAUAGGUGGUAAAGAGGCUCUUGCUGCAUUAGUUGAUACGUUUGUUAAGCACUGUAGGAUCGAUGAAGCAGUACUGGUACUUGUAAGUAUGAAUUCAGGUGGCUAUAAUCCCUCCAUUGAGACAUUUAAUUCAGUAAUGGGUGCUUUUGUUAAGGAGAAGAGAGAUUUGCAAGAGGUAUUGUUUAUUUAUAAAGAGAUUGUGAAGGCAGGCAAUUUACCAACUAUUGAUACUCUGAAUUAUUUGUUAGAGGCAUUGUUUGAGACAGACCAUGUUGAAUCUGCUUUGGAUCAGUUUAAAAGAAUGAACAAAAAAGGCUGUAGUCCUAAUAGUAGAUCUUUUGAGAUACUUAUAAAGGGUCUUAUUGCGAAAAGUCGAGUGGAUGAAGCUGUUAGUGUUCUAAAUGAAAUGUUUGAAUCUAGGUUUCAGGCAGAAAUGAGUUUCUUUAGCUGCACUAUACCUUUGUUUUGUCUGGAAAAUAAACCAGAGGUAGGAAUCAAAUUGUUUAGAAUGAUGAAAGAUUGCAAUUUUGUGCCGGAUUUGUUAACUUAUGCUGUUUUGGUACGGUGUUUAUGUGAUAACCUUUGGCUGGAUGAUGUAAUCAACCUUAUUGAAGAGAUGACUGAAGCCGGAUUAACACUGCAUGACAAGGCAUAUGUGGAUGUAAUCAACAUGUUUUCUAGAUUAGGGAAAUUUGAUCAGGCUAUCGAGUUCUUGGAAGAUAACCAUGUUCUUGAAACUUCUGCUCACAAUGUGUUGCUUGAAGGUUGCUGCAGUGCUGGUAAACUUUGUAUGGCUAAACAUCUACUUGAGAAAAUGUCUGAGAGGAACAUAGAUGAUUGUGAUUCUUGGAAUAUUCUUGUCAGAUGUGUUUGUGAACAAGAAGGAAGUAGGAAAGCUUCUCAACUGAUUGGUAGAAUGGUUGUUUUAUCUUUUAUUCCUGAUUGUGCUACAUACUCAGCUCUAGUUACUGGCAACUGUAAACUGAGCAAGUAUGAGGAUGCUGUCAAGCUAUUCUAUCAGAUUCAGGCGAAAUGCUGGGUUUUAAAUUCUGUAUCCUACUCUAAACUAAUUGAAGGUCUUUGUCAUGUUGGAAGGAUAGUGGAGGCUGCCGAAGUUUUCUGUUAUAUGUCUAGGAAAGGAUACUCUCUUGGAUCUUCCUUGUUCAAUCUGUUGAUUAAGGGUGUUUGCAGCUUAGGAAAAGUGGAUGAAGCAAUAAGGCUGCGCCGGUGGGCUUGCUAUUCAGGUACUUCUUGUACUAGUUCAACGUACACUACUAUUAUGAUUGGAUUAGCAAAAGCGAACAAAGGAAAAGAUCUUUUACUAGUCCUCUCACAGAUGCUGGUGGAAGGUUGCGGUCUUGAUCUGGAAGCAUACUGUAUCCUCAUACUGAACAUGAGUUUGCAGAAUCGAAUCAAGUACUCUGUAUUGCUUUUCAAUAUGAUGGUUGAAGAGGGUCUCAUACCUAAGUCAGAGAAACUUUUAGAGAUACUGUCAUGCAUAGCUGACCAAUCUCAGCUGUGUAUGAUAUCAUGUUCAAUUGAUAAACUGAUUUCUAAUUGUGAAAUCAUGAAUCCAUCGAUAUACAACUUACUGAUUAAUGGCCUGUUGAAAGAGGGUAAUAAACAUGAAGCCUGUCGACUAUUGGAUUUAAUGUUGGAAAAGGGUUGGGUCCCUGAUUCUAAGACUCAUGGAUUGUUGAUUGGUUCUGUUGUUAGUGGGGAACCAGAUAGUUGUGCAUUGGCCUAUGGUAAUUCUAUUAUGCAAGAUACUGUUAGCAACAUACUUUCUGAGGGCUUAGACAAAACAUGACUUGCUUGCUUUCCAGAAAAGAAGAUUAUGCUAUGCCUGUAACCCAGUUUACUUGGUGACCGGCUAUUUUGUCUCACAAGUUCACCAUUUAAGAUUUGUCUCCUGAGCCAUUUUUGUGGCCAUGGUGGGCAUUAUGCAACAGAUCAGUCUUCUUCAUUUUGUGCGCCAAUGAUGAAGCUUUUCCAUUAUUAUACCUUUCUUCUAUAAAUGUUGGUUUGUACAGAAGGAAGCUGCCAGGGUAACCAAUGGACUAUAGAGGUCUGAAAGAAGUUAUGGGCAGGCAAAAUACAUGGCAGCCAACAACCAACACUUAAGCAUAUCUACUGAUGUAGUUUCUUGCGUCUUCCAAAAGGGAAGUGGUGAAACCCCUAACAAUGGUGUAUCACCAUCAUUUGCAGAUCCAGACAUGAAGAAUGGUGUGAUUAGCAGCUUGGGAGCUGUGUGCUAUCCCAGUUGACAAAGGUUGAAAUACUUCGAUUUUACAGGAUAGCAAGGUGGAAGAGAAAUGGAGAUUUUCUUAGAGAGCAAGUUUUGGCUUUACUGCUUAAAGAGCAAGUUAUAACCACGGAUUGGAAUGAGAAUGAGAAUGAGGCUGUUGAGGGUUUGGAUCCUCUUCAUUUCCAUAGGAACGGUAUAUUCAAUAAAUUCAAUUGUUAAAGAUGUGUGCCAGAUUAUGAUGUUUAUAAAAGAAAAUAUUCUAUUUGUAUUAAAAUUGUGUUAAUUAUGUUA